CAUUUUUACUUUCAACAUUCAACCCAAAACACCCUCGGAAGCCAAACAUUCACAUGGGAAAUGGCUUUAAAAAUUACAUGUAAACCAAAUAAAAUAAUUAGAAAAAACAUAGUUACAAAACUUAUAAUGUACUUUUUUAAUUAAAAGAGCAUCACUUCUAAUAUAAGUAAAGAAAUAAACAGAAAACAGAGGUGUACGUAGUAGGAUUACAGUAGUAGUAGUUACAGCAGUCUCUGAAUCAUCUGUAAGUAUCCUACAAGGCAGUCACGUGCGGCAGUGACAGCCUUCACCUUCACCUCUCCACCUUCUUCCCCACCACUUUCUCCAUUUUCAUCACCUUCACUUUCCACUUUCUUCUUCCUCCUCUUCUUGAUUUGGGGGUGUUUUUUUUCUUGCUAUAGAUUAAUCAAAACAAGUAAAUACAUGUAGUAUUUGUAGUAUUAAAUGUAGAUAGACAUUAUUGUACUGAGUCUCAUCUCUGCACCAAUUAUCCCCACUCUGUCACCAACAGAAACCACAGUAAUAAUUUUCCUUUAUACGUUCAUACCUACUACACCUUCUCUCUCUCUCUCACACACACUUCACCCAGUUAACCCACUCUUUCUCUCUCUACUAUUACUCUUCCAUUCCAAUGGGUUCUUCGCCGGAGCGAGGUGGAUUAGGAUCUCCGACGCCGCCGCUCCCCAGACCCAAGUCGCCGCCGGAGUUGUACGGGAAACGGAGAGAGCUGGCGAAGGUUGUGAUGUUGGAAAGAGAAAUAGGUUUCCUUCAGGAAGAGUUGAAAUCGACUGAAACACUACAGCCUGCUUCUUAUUGCAUUAAAGAGGUUGCUGAUUAUGUUGUUGCAAAUCCAGAGCCAUUGAUCACAACGGGGAAGAAGACUCGUAAGUCUUGUGGCUUCUGGAAGUGGCUAUGUGGAAGUUCCUGUUUCAACAUGUCAUGGCUAUGUUGUUGCUGCUGUUGCAAUGACUGUCAACUUCAAAUGCCACGCUGUUGCUGUUCAUGUUCUUUACCCGACUGUUGUUCCUGUUCAUUACCAAAUGCAAUUCAAGUUGCUGCCCGAAACUACAACCAUCCUGCCCGGAUUUCAGUUCUUGCUGCUGCAAAUGUUCUUCUUUCUUCUCGUGUUGCUGUUUCCCUACCAAAUGCAAAUGCAAAUGCUCGUGUCCUAAACUCCCAAAAUGUAGUUCCCCUUGUGCUUGUGUUAGUGCUUCUUGUUGCAGCAUAA